CAUGAGUCUAUUUGGUGGUGUAAUUGACUCUCUUCAACUCUCUUCACAUACAACCACUUACAGGCGUUCAUAUGAAGGGAGCACGCCGUAGUGCGCAUAUACAGACAAAAGGAUUGGCCAAAAGGCGCAAGGAUUUUCAGGCAUUUUUACACGGAUUACAGUACGAAGUGAACAACCGUGGCGACAACAAACAAUAAAACCAUUUCUUGGUUGGCAAAAUUGUUUAAAAAACAUAAAAAGUGCGGUUUUAUCGCAAAAUUUAAAUAUGCAGUGAAAUAGGAAACAAAGUGAUUAAAUCAACUGUGUUUGAAAAAAACGUCCGUUAAUUGCGCUUCCUGUGCUGUGAAGUACACAACAUACACAUAAAGCUAUCUGUUCGUUUUUGCGCGCUUGUUGCUAUUGUAGCUGCCCAAAAUUGCAGACGGUUUAUUGAUUUAUCGAUUUGCUUCCUGUUAGCAUGCACUUGCUUUCGCUCUUUUUAUAACAUAACGUGUUGAGCGCGUAUGAGCUCGUAAAACAGUAAUACUUUCCCAUUUUAGGAUUGUAUCAAAAGCAGUGCCGUGUAUGAAGUAUUAACACAUCCAACAAUUAUUAGUAUUUUAAAUGCACCGCCAUGUUGCAGUAAUGCUUUUUCUUUUGCACAAAGUCAGUGAUUCCAAAAGGCGUAGUGAGCAAGGAAGUUUAAAUCAACCAGUGCGUCGGUUAACUUAACAGAAACGAUGGCGGCAGAAAACUAUCAUUUGAAAUGGGACUCACAUUUGUCUUAUUUGAAUUCUUCAGUUGCCACACUUUACAAAAAUGAGAAGUUCGCCGAUGUUGUGCUCUACAGUUCCAGCAGCAGUAGCGCCAGUGGAAGUGGCACAGAGAGUGGCAUACCAACCGUGGGUAUAUCAGCGCACAAAUUUAUACUCAGCUCAUGUAGUCAGUUUUUUGCAACGAUGUUCGAAACCGCACCAAUAUCCUCGCCCAACGGCGUGCUCUACGUUGUGCUUCCGCCAGAAUUAAGCCACCGCGCUAUACAAAUACUAGUACAAUAUAUGUACAGUGGUGAGGCCACAGUCGCCAAUGAUAUACUUAAUGAAGUUUUGCGUGGCGGUGAAAUUUUAAAAAUUCGUGGCCUAUGUCGCACUUCCUCAACGUCAUCAAAUUCGCACAAUGCUUCAACGCGCGUCAACGAAACACUAAUAGCCAACGGUGUUGGCACACAUUAUAUACAAAGUGCUGGUAAUCGCCAACAAUCAUUACCAACUCUUACACACUCGCAUAUGUCCAGUGCACAUGGUGGUGAUAUGUAUAUUGUUAACAAAUGUCCAAAUGGUGGCGGUGGUGGCGGCAAUUGUGGACAACGUUACCAUGCCAUGGAACAUUUGCAACAACCUGUGACGCAGUCAGUGCCGACACAACAAACACACGCACAACAAAUACAACAAACACAUCACCAGUUUCGUGGCUUGGGCGCCUCGGUACUGCCCAAGGAUAGUCCAGUGAUAGUCAAGUCACCGAAAUUGUCACAACUUGGACUACUCUCCGCUGCAGCGUCGAGUAGUAAGCAUCUUACGGGCUGUGGUAUAACGGUAAACAAAGAAGUUGCUAUAGAUCCCGAUGAAAAAUGCUGCUAUCGAUUGAAUCAGCUGCAAGUGGAAACGUCUUUGUGUAACGAAAUUGGCUGUACGGGUGGCUGUCCCAUUUCCAUGGAGAAUGAGCAGGUGAGGCGACGACAACGCAGUCAAAAUGAUGAAAAUAUGCGCGCAACUGUGGUAGAGCAGCAAUUGGAGCGGGAGUAUACAGAGCGACAGCGUCCACCACCCGAUGAAGAGGAACAACAUAAUGACAUUGACAUGCCGAAUUAUGACAGACAGCUGCGACGCAGUAGUGGUGGCAGCACCGGGGAGCGCAUGCGCGAUUACUUCGUGCCAGAUUCCUAUGAGCACACCAACACAACAUCCUCGAAAAGUCAUUAUACAGAGCAGGUCAGCGGCAGCAGAUUGUCGAACAAAUCGCCCAUGCCUCACACACAAACUUUUCUCGCCAUAAAACAAGAGCCAACCGACUGGACCACAAACGCUUCCGCAACAGACAAUGCACACGCCGAUUUGGCUUCACGACCCAAAACACCGCUGCGUUCGCCCAAACAACCAUUAGAUUUUAAAAUGCCACCUGGCAGUACAACUGUCAAACUUGAAGUCGGCGCACAUUCCCAUAGUCCACACAGCGAACAAGACACGAACACCCAAGAUGAUAGCGACUAUGAAACACGUCUCGCAUGCGAAACGUGCAAACAAUCCUUUGAUGAACCUAAAUCUUGGGUACGUCAUCUGGAGUCACACACCGUUAACGCGACAACAACAGCAGCAGAUACGGUAACGGUAAAUGUGGCUUGUGGUACAACGAAUAACAUGAAUAGCACAAGCGUAGGCAAUACCAUAAACAAUGGCGGGGAGGCAUUAGUCAAGUCGUAUGUGCCCAAAAAGCGGCGUCGAGUGUCGCAGCAGGAGAACAACGCGGGUCAUGUGACGCUCUGCUGUGACUUGUGUUCAAUCUCCUUUGAGACCCCGGCAGACUGGGUGCGACAUUUGAACAACGAACACACCGAAAUCGAGUUGGCCAUGUUCAACAGCAAAAAGGACAAUGAGCAGAAAAGUUCAGGCAACAACAACCACCAAAACCUGCAACAAAUGCACCUCAAACGUUACACCCAUCGCUCAACGUAUGACCAACCGGCCAACGAAACACAACCGUUAGCAGUAACUUCAACAGCGCCAUCCACGUCCAACUUUUCGGAGCGUACAGAGGCUUGUAACAAAAAGUUUUCCACGCACAGCGGCGUCUUGACGCACAAACGUAAUCACAACAGUGCACUCAAUGGUGUCAGUGUGAGUGUGAGCACUAGCGUAGCAUCCACAUCAUCAGGCGGCGCAGAUGUUAGCGUGAUUAGCAGUGUGCCCAACAGUUUACCAAACGAACAAAUAAGCACAUCGUCGCAAGCUUGAUACAGUCGCAGAUAUCGUAAGGAUGCACAAAACGCUUGAAAAGAACGCGCUUCUGCCAGCGAUUGCAUGGCAUGGAAGAGUGCACAAAACGCUUGAGGAGCCCAACGUUUUGCCAGAGAUCACAAGUGGAGUGAGAAUCGUUACCUAAGUCGUUCCAAAUCUAAACUAAUGAUAAAAUCAUACCAACCAAACUAUUUUAAUCAAAAUUUUUACAAAAAUAUAAAUGGCAUCAGGAGUACAGUUAAAACGUUUUAAA